CCCCGGCCACUUCCGCCGCGGGGCGGGGUCGGGCUGAGCCGAGCGCCCCUUCCCGGUCCCGGUCCCGGUCCCGGUGCGGCCCCGGUGCCGCCCGCCAUGGCCGUCCCCGCCACCGAGCUGGGCGCCGUCGAGCGUCCCCCCUUCGCCACGGUCCCGUGCCUGGCGGGCGCGGAGGAGGAGGACGGGGACGAGGAGCUGCUGGGGGCCGGGGGUCCCCACACCUGGACCCCCCAGGAGAAGCUGCUGCAUGAGGCGCGGCUGAAGGCCAAGGCCAAGCGGCGGCUGCGGCGCACCUCCUCCCGGGAUUCGGCCCGUGAGUCCCUCUCCGAGGGCGCCGAGCCCGGCCCCGAGCCCGGCAGCCCCAAGGGCAGGGCCCACGACCGCAGGUCCCGCAUGGGCAAGGGCCGCGGGCUGCCCAAGAAAGGUGGUGCUGGGGGCAAGGGCGUGUGGGGUGCCCCUGGCGUGGUCUACGGUUACCAGGAGCCUGAUGCCCGUGACCCCAACUACGAUGAGGUGGCUCAGGGGGACACUGUCUACGCCACCGUGGUGCCCGAGCUGGAGGAGGGGGAGCUGGAGAAGAACGUGCAGCCCAUGGUGCUGGAGUACUUCGAGCAUGGGGACACCAGUGAGGUCAUGGAGCUGCUGCGGGGGCUGAACCUGGGCAGCCGGCGACACGCGGUGCCCUCGCUGGCCGUGGCCCUGGCACUGGAGGGCAAGGCCAGCCACCGUGAGCUCACCUCCCGCCUGCUCUCCGACCUGGUGGGCCACGUCGUCACCCCCGAGGACAUCGCCUGGGCCUUCGACAAGAUGCUGCGGGACCUGCCUGACCUCAUCCUUGACACCCCCGAGGCCCCCCAGAUGCUGGGGCAGUUCAUCGCCCGGGCGGUGGCUGACCACGCGCUGCCCCUGGACUUUCUGGAGCGCUACAAGGGGCGCGUGGACUGCGAGCACGCCAGGGCCGCCCUUGACCGUGCUGCCGUCCUGCUCCGCAUCAAGCGCGACGUCAACCGGCUGGACAACGUCUGGGGCGUGGGGGGCGGCCAGCGCCCUGUCAAGCACCUCGUCAAGGAGAUGAACCUGCUGCUGCGGGAGUACCUGCUCUCCGGGGAGGUGUCGGAGGCCGAGCACUGCCUGCGGGAGCUGGAGGUGCCCCACUUCCACCACGAGCUGGUGUAUGAGGCGGUGGUGAUGGUGCUGGAGGGCUCCGGUGAGGGUCCGGUGGACAUGAUGGUGACGCUGCUGAAGGUGCUCUGGGAGACGGGGCUGGUGACGCUGGACCAGAUGAACCGGGGCUUCCAGCGGGUGUACGAGGAGCUGGGGGACAUCAGCCUGGACGUGCCGCUGGCCCACAGCCUGCUGGAGCGGCUGGUGGAGCUCUGCUUCGACCGCGGCAUCAUCACCAGGGCGCUGCGAGACGCCUGCCCCGCCAGGGGCCGGAAGCGGUUCGUGAGCGAGGGCGAUGGGGGACAGGUCAAGCAGUGAGUGGGGCCGCCCCGGGGCGCUGCCCCCAACGUGCUGGCGUUUUGGGGGGGGUCAGGGCCUGGAGCGUCCCCCCCCCCAACCGUGGGGCAGGGGCGGCCCCAGACCCCCCUGGCCGCUGCCUGGUGCCCGGCACCCCCGGCGAGGGACGCAAUAAAGCGGCUUCCGAGGA